CGGCUCACAAGAUUUGCGAGGGGCGGCAGGAAGCCAUAUAAAGGCAUUCGUUACUGACCUAUGUUUUGAUUUGAUUCAAUAAUUCUAGGAGAAAGGGUUGCCAAUCGUUAGUGACCCGGUGCGACAGAUUGUAAAUACGCCCCUAGGUGAAGUCAUUGUAUCUAGAAAGUCCCUGUAAGCAUUAGGUACAUAAACAAAGUGGUUGUCGAUACGUGGACAAAUCAAGACACUGAUUGCCAUUAUCAUUGAGCCCACAAACCUUGCGAUAAUACCACUGAUCCACUAUAUAAGCAGGGAGGGAAUAUUAUCAAAUCUAGCUUUGAUUCCGAUAUCGUUAAGUAUCAGGCAAUAUGAAGCUUUUACUUACGCUAGCUUUCGUGGCGGUAGCCACCGCUGUACCCAUGCCUGAACCUCAACAAUUACAAGAUGCGCACGAGCCGAUUGCCAUCAGCACCCUGCCUUUGAUUAUCCCUGCUGACGUCAUCGAAGCGUUCCAAAAAGAUCUGGAAUUGAACCCACCUAUCAACAGUAUCGAGCCAAUCGUUUUAGGUGCUGCACCCAAACCCGAAGUUCAUGAAAUCGAUCCUUUAUCCGUCAAUUUCGUGGAUAGCCCAGUUGUCGAAGCCGCCGAAGAAAUUGCUCCUACGGCUGUGCGUUUUGUCGAUUCCCCAGUUGAAGAAGUCGCAGAGAAACUUUUUGACGGCUCAGGUAAGACUGAUAUUGAACCAACUGCCGUACACUUUGUCGAUUCACCAGUCGAAGAAGCAGUCGCAGAACUUUUUGACGGCCCCGUUGAAAACGAAAUCAAACCGACUGCUGUGCGAUUUGUGGAUUCACCAGCUGAAGAAGAAAUUGUCCCCACUGCUGUUAAAUUCGUAGAUUUACCAGUCGAAGAAGCAGUCGCAGAACUUUCUGACGGCCCCGUUGAAAACGAAAUCAAACUGACUGCUGUGCAAUUUGUGGAUUCACCAGCUGAAGAAGAAAUUGUCCCCACUGCUGUUAAAUUCGUAGAUUCUUCAAUCGAAGAAGGAGUGGUAGUACUUUCAGACAGCCUAAUUAAGACUGAUAUUGAACCAACUGCUGUACACUUCGCCGAUUCGCCAGCCGUAAAAGAAAUUUUCCCUGACGCGAUCAAAUUCGUACAUAUCGCCGAUAAUGUUGAAUCUUACGAUGGACCACAAUUUAACCAUUACCCCAAAUUUUAUGACAAUCCUCUGUUACGGUAAAUUAGAGGAUCUAGGUGGCAACAAGAUAUUACCGACCACUAUAAAAUUUGUCGAAGAAGGCCUCGAGUCGACGAGAUUCCCCCCCUGCCCUCCCCUCUUCAAAUUUGUAGUGGUUGCCGAUUAUUUGUAGUUUCCCUCUCUCUAUUUAUAUUCUUUGAUUACCAUGAACCCUCCUUCCUUCCCUCAAUAUAACUAUUGCCCUUAUACUUAAUAAGGCACUCCUUACAUUACACUUUAAUAAAGAAGGUGACAAAAACCUACAUGUAGUUUCAUUUUACGACAGGGAAAUCUACUUAUCUACUUCAACAGUAGCUUUAUACCACAGAAUCCAUUAUUAUAAGUAAGUUUAUCCUAUAACAGUAGAUUGGUAAUUUAUAACAUAGAGGUUCUAGACUUGAGAAUUUAUUAGAACAUGGUUAUGCAUUUUGCAAUAGAUUAAUCUAACAUUCAGAUUCACAUCAUCAACUCACUUAAGCACACUACUUUAAAGUUAAUUGUAAUAUGUAUUGAGAUUGUGGUUGAAAGACUAAUACUUAAUUAACUAUACCUGUCUUAUUGUUUCCUCAUUUUCUUGUCAUGUGCUCUACAUUAUUCAAGUUCUUGUAAAGGUAAUUAUGAUAAAUAACUAACUCCUGUAAAAUUUUAACUGAUUAAAAUUUAAGUGACGGGCAACUCAAAUUUUGAAAAAAAGUAUAGUUAUAGAAGACUAACAGGCAUGGUCAUCAAUACAAUUGCUAGAAAAAACAAUGUAGUCCUUUAAGCUACAUCUUCAUUUUAAUAAAACUAAAUCUUUUAAUAAUAACAUACACAAAAAGUUGGCCAAAAUUAUUUCAAUAUAUAAUCCUCUGGGUAGUCCAUAACUUUUGGAUAAUUCUUAACUUCCUCUUCAGGGAUGUGGUCAAGCCUCGUUGGCACUAGUCGGAGUUGUCUGAUCUGGUUAGUGACAUUUUGUAGAACAUCCUCAGGGAUGUCUUCACCAGGAUAGAUGAACAGUCUCUCCAUUGUAUGGCGCCUUUGAAGAUUACCCUGCAUGGCUCUGUAUACUGCUUUUCUAAUUAUCAUAGUUGGAUCCUUGUUGUGUAAUUCCCAAGCCAAAGUCCAGCUUGCACCUCCAGGAUAACCAGUAUGAUGAAAGUAAGCCCGUCUUCUCCAGUCUUCACCGCGUAAAGCAAUUUCUCUGCUAUUGAUACAAACCACCACAUCCCCGCAGUCGUUCAAUGGAUGGUAUAUGGGUUUGUGCAUACCCAUCAGAUAUUUCUUUAUAACUCCAGCAGAUUGAUAGGGAUCUUGCCAUUUGCAAUCGAAUAUGUGCCAGGUGCGGGCAAAAGUGGCCCAUUGCUGGACUCUUUUACAGGCCGACAUUUUACCUUUUAUUAAUAAUUUUUAGUUUUUUAAAUUGCAAAUUCAUUUAUUCUGCUCUAUUCGGAAUUUGCUAUUAUUUUUUGAGGUUAUUCAGGAUUUUUUUUUGGUCAAUUGUCCCUGUU